UCAUCGGCGCGCGCCAGCCCUGCACGAACUUAAGGCGGGGGGAGGUAGGCUCAGGUGGCGCGUGACCCUGGGACCGCUCCGCAGCGCGCGGCCAAGGGACUGAUCUUUGAACGGGAAGCUUCAAACUUUAAAAAAGAAGCCUUCAGAAUGGCUUUAAAGAAGACAAGCUAGACACUGCUUCAGAGCACCGCAUUCAGCAUGCAUCUCGCCUGUCCGGGGGCAUCCCUGGUGAGGAGCUCUUUGAAGGGUUCAUUCCGCAGAGGGCCAGAGAGCUGAUGCUCAUGGAACCAGAUUGCUGGAUUUGACUUUCUGGAACAAUCGUCUUGCUUUAUUUUAUUCUUUCUGAGAGUCUGGAGGUACUGAUGGGACCGAAGGGCCUGCGGGGAAGGGAAGCAGCACUUUCAUGCUGAAGGAAAACUAGACAAGUGACUGCUGGCCUCUGAAGACACCUAGAUGCCCCACAUCCAGAUUCAGCAGACUGGGGACCCGGAGGAAUUGCCACUGCUGGGGAGAACAAAGCCAGACUGGAAAAGAAAACCCAAAUGAAGAGAAUGAGGGCCGGUGGAGAGUAAAUGGCGGCCUCCACCUCCACAGAGAGCCAGCUGGCCUCCUGGUGGAACUAUUUUUUCCUCUAUGAUGGUUCCCAGGUGAAGGGAGAAGGAGAUCCAACCCGAGCGGGCAUCUGUUACUUUUAUCCCCCGCAGACCCUGCUGGACCAACAGGAGCUGCUGUGUGGACAGAUCGCCGGGCUUGUCCACUGUGUUUCUGACCUUUCCGGCUCUCCUCCCGCCCUUGUCCGCCUGCGGAAACUGAAGUUCGCUGUAAAGGUUGACGGUGAUUACCUCUGGGUGCUGGGCUGUGCCGUGGAGCUCCCCGAUGUCAGCUGCAAGCAGCUUCUGCACCAGCUCAUUGGCUUCUUUCAUUUUUACCAUGGGCCCGUGUCUCUGGCCUACAAGAGCUGCCCACGGGAAGACCUGCAUGCCGAGUGGGACACGCUCAUCGAGCACAUCCUGGGGAACACGGGUGACCUGCACAAGAUCUUCAACUGCCUCUGGCACCUGGACCGAACCAAAGUGGAGCCCCUGCUCCUGCUCAAGGCGGCCCUCAUCCUGCAGACCUGCCAGCGCUCGCCCCACGUGCUCGCCGGCUGCAUCCUCCACGCGGGACUGAUCGUCAGCACCCAGCUCCCGCCCUCCGUCACAGCCAAGGUCCUGCUUCAUCGCGUGGCACGUCGGGACCAGAGGAAACCCGCAGGAGGGGACGCCCUGCAGGAGUGUGGAGCGGCGCUCCCUCCCAACGUCCAGAUCACACCUGUUUUCCUGACCGAAGAGGAAGCUGCCAGUCUCCGCGAGUUCCCCCGGGAACCCCCGGCCAGCACUCCAGCGUCUUCAGCCAGACUCCAGGAGCCCUCAGCUGCCCCGAAAGAAAACGCUCCCGGACACGUGGGAUCCAAGGCUCAGACCUCGACAACCACACCUGAACCUCUGUCUCCUGACGCUGCCUGGGCAGAUGGCAGCAGGGAGAAUGGACACUGGUCCGACCCUGACCUGGCGAGCACGCUGCCCACGACGCUGCACCGCACUGCCGCGGGCAAGGGUUUGGGUUUGUUCGGGGGGAAUGGGGACCUGGACUUGUCUGAAAUCCACAUCCCAGAAACUCAGAAAACAGAAGCAUCCCUGAGCCACCCUGCUGCAGACGGCAGGGGUCCUGGUUGCGAGGAAUCUGUCCACAACCCCGGCAGUCCUGGAGCCAAGCCGCCCAGGUCCCUGCCCCUGGGCUGCCUCCCCGCCUCUGCUCCUGAGGCGGUCCCCCAGAAUGGAGCCCUCACACAGCCCGCAGACCUUCCUGGCGACCUGGAAGACCCCGGCAGGACGAGCGGGCCUGGGCGGGCACCUUGCUUGGAUUUGAGGCAGAGGCAUACCAAGCUGCCCCUGGAGGAACACGGCAAGGAGCAACGCGGCAGUGGGGCUCCCGAGGGCCGCUUGACCCUUGGCCCGGACUCAGCAGACCCCUCAGACGAAGGCCCCUCUGCAGACAGAACCGAGUCCAGGGUGAGCCUGGCCUCCCACGAGGGGCUCGUGCGGAUGAACCUCUACACGCACAGCGUCAAGGGCCUGGUGCUGUCGCUGCUGGCCGAGGAGUCGCUGCUGGGGGACUGCGCGGCCGUGGAGGAGGUGUACCACGGCAGCCUGGCGUCCCUCAACGGGCUGGAGGUGCACCUGAGCGAGACUCUACCCCGGGAACAGGCGGCCCCCGCGGCCAGAACCUACAACUUCGCACACUACGACCGCGUCCAGAACGUGCUGGCGGCCAACCUGCCGCAGGUGAACACAGUGCAGGACCGCCGCUUCCUCCAGGCCGUCAGCCUGAUGCAUUCCGAUUUUGCCCGGCUGCCCACGCUGUACGAGGUGACCGUCAGGAACGCCUCCACGGCUGUAUACGCCUGCUGCAACCCCAUUCACGAAACCUACUUCCAGCAGCUGGCCACGGCGGCACGGAGCUCUGGCUUCCCAAACCCGCAGGACGGCGCCUUCAGCCUCCCGGGCAAAGCCAAGCAGAAGCUGCUGAAGCAUGGGGUGAACCUGCUCUGAACCGUGGGUCGCUCCUGACCCCUGCGGAUGACUCUCAAAUCAAACCCCAGCAAAGGAAGCGCUGCCUUGUUAAGUGGAAAAGCCCCUCUGUUUUACUUUCCCUGGAAUAGUCCUCUUUUUCAGGACUGCAGUAUUUGAGUGUUUGUUACUCCUUCUGCGGAUCAUGGCUGGAGGGGGUCGAUCCUCGGGUCGGCAGACCUAGAGCUCGUAGUAAAGAACUUGAUGGUGUGGGUGGUGCCGGGGUCAGAGUGGGGCCAUGGCUCCUUCCAGCCCAGGGGCCCGGGGUCAGUGACCCCCCCCAUCACAUGGAGCCCGGGGUGUCUGACAGUCCCUGGGUCUGCUCCACCCCGGCCUUGACUAGUACAGAGACUGAGGCUGGUGUUUCUUCUAGAACCCCGCUGUCCCUGGUCUAGAGUGCAUGUCCCACACUGUCUGCAGGGGGUGGGUCCGAGGUGACUGCAGAGCCAGGAGAUGGAUCUGUCUAUCCGCAAGCAGACCGCGUGCCCACUUCUCAGGCUGUCUUCACCACGGUCCUCCUAGGGGGUCGGUGCACAAGAAGUGGUUGGGGAUGCUGAGACUGCCUUGUCUGGAUCUUCUGGAUCACCCGCUGGGGGAAGGGGGCGAUCUGGAUGACCUGGAAGGGAGCCUGGGGUGCCGGGACCCGGAGGUGGGUGAUGACCGGCCACGCCGGCCCCUUGGCUGGAAGUAGGCAGUGCUGCUGGUUGCCCUGAGUGAGAGUCCCAAACAGGAGUUUCUAAAAGGUCUUGGAGCAGAAGCAGAGCUGCUUUUUGGGGAGUGGGGAUGCUGCGUGAGAAGGGACAGCAUUCUGCUCUGGCUGUUGCCAGGGUAGGACUGAGAACAUCUGUUCGGUGACAUUACAGUCCGACGUUCUAUGAUGGUACGAUGAGAGUCACAGAAUGAAAAUAUUGACCAAAAUCCUAACCAAAUCUUUACCGGAAGUACCUGAGACUCCAUGUGAAAACUGCAGUGUAACUUCACGCCAGUGAGCCAAUAUUUCCUGUUUAUGACAUGGUGUCUUUUUCUUGAAACAAGUUGCUAAGGGCUGAAAAUAAAGUAGCCAGAAAUGCUACUGA